CAAUAUACAAAUUAAGAAAAAAAUUAAAUUGUCAUUAUGAAAGCUGUUGCAGUAGUACUAGUUCUAGUUGUCCUAGCCGUGGUCCAGCUAGCGAUGGCUGGACGGCUAGAACAACAAGGCGGAGUCACUUGUGGUCAAAUAGACGCUAAUAUGGCACCCUGUAUCUCGUAUUUGACGAAGGGUGGCGAGCCCGGUGCAGCAUGCUGCAGCGGAGUUAAAACCUUAAGUGGUAUGGCUUCGUCCACUGAUGAAAGGAGGACUGCUUGCAACUGUCUUAAGGCUGCAGCGAAUCGAUACGCCAAUCUUAAAGAUGAUGCUGCCCAGGCUCUCCCUAGCAAAUGCGGCGUAUCCCUCAACGUCCCCAUCUCCAGGACCAUUAACUGUGAUACAAUCAGUUAAAUCGGGUUAGGUGAUUCCGGGAAUAAUGCUACGCUAUGGUGUUAGUUAAAUUUUGUUAUAUAAUAUAUGUAUUAAAUAAAUCAAGGGUUGUUAAACCCUUGAACAUUGUAUAUAUACUUUACUCAAUUACUAUGCAGUAAUUUGAGUAUUUU